GUAAACUAAACUUGUUAGAAAUCUUCUAACCAUCCAUUAUCGCUGCCAUCGCUGGCUACUGCGAUUGAGCCUACGAAAGACUGGUCUGAGCGAGCGACUCCUCGAGCGCAGACAAUGCGAGACUUUGAUGAUGAGAUCGACGAAAGACCGCACUCAAGCAAUCUUAAGGAUAUACCAGAAGGGACUGGCCCCGAGAAGGUCGGCCGGCAAGUGGGUGAGACAGGCACAUUCAACUUGGCCGUAGAGAACUUCUCCGAUGGAGAAGCCGAACUGAAGACAUUGAAGAUUGCUUUGGCUGAAUGUUGGUCCCUUUGCAAUACUUUAGCCAGUUUAAGCUAUAUUAACCGGCAGCGGUCCAAUAUCGGCGCUGGCAUGCAAGAAGAGGCCUGGAAAUCAUGCUGGCGGCUGUGCCAGGAACUUUACAGCUGCCAGAAUGAAAACUACACCUAUCAAAUCAGCUUUACACUUGAUCUCUGCCGAAACUUUUGUCAAACACUGUUUGACAGUCGAGUUCACGAGAAUGAACUGACAGAUUCGGUUUUUCGCGUCAGCUUCGAACUUAACAAUCAUCUAUAUAACACGCACGAUCGAGAUUUGCCCGACGCCUUUAGGGAGAGGACAUUAGAUUUUUAUAUUACACUGUGUCAUCGUCUCAUGAAGCAAAGAGCCCUAGUGACAGAAAUGGACUCUUUGUUAAGCGCAUGCUGGUCACUAGCGGAGAUGUUGUUCAGCAUACGCCAGAGUAAGAAAGAGGGAGGUCGUUUGAGCGAGGUAUUACUCGGCCAUGCUGUUCAGGCUUGCUGGGAGCUUUGCGAUAUAUUUCGGGAAGGAUGGACGCAACGGAGCCUCCGCGAUUCUGAUCGUGGAACGCCGCGGCCGAGCCAAGCGAUAUUUAAUCAAAUUGAGCAGCAGACCAGCCAACCCAGGCACAGCCUCGGAGGCGAGUUGUCUGAGCCACAUCGACAUCCUGAAACGCCAACAACUAUCUUUGAGGACGCAGCCACCAUUUCUCCCGACGAAGGGCCAAUUCCAAACAUCUUUGUUUUAGGUCGGAGAUCGUCAGCUCACAACUCCUAUGUGAAAUUGUCGUCUCAUUCGUCUAGUAACUCGACACAAACUCACUCUUCUGAACAGACAUCUUCGACCAACACGGUCAUGAUUCCGACUGAUGAUCCAAACUCCUCAAGUCUCAGGAUCUUAGUGACGAAGGCCGCAGUGAAUAGCGGUUACCAACGCAACGGACCACAGAGUCUAUCAUCCUUUGUUAAAUCUCUUUCAUCGGACGCAUUCGGCUCGUUGCCCUGGCAAAUGUCCCUUCUUGAAAAUUACAAAAGAUUCGUUGGAUUUGACCCAGUGUUCCAAAAUGCUGGCCCGCAGGCCCAGGCGAGUGCAGUGGAUAUAUCAAGGGCUGUCCAAGAAACGAUGCAACGUGGAAAGUUACCUUGGCUAUGCGACCUUUAUCGCCUUGUGUUUGGGUAUCAUGUAAAAGAAGCAAUAAACUGGGAGAGGCCAGUGCUUCAAACGUAAUACUUAUCCACCAUCUUACAUUAUCCUGACUAUCUUUCUCCCCUCCCUCUACCUUUGCUAGCAAACAGUAAGUCUGGCUCAGUAGCGAUGUGAUAUGAAAAGAAAAGAGUUUGGGGGUGAGGUAGAGGAGGCGAGUACAGAUAA